AUGAGACCUACAAUGAUGCCAACAAAUGGUUCAAAUAAAGCAGAAAAGUCAGAGAGAGGGAGCAAAAUGGAUAAGCUAGACAGUAGAUCCGAUAAAGAUAACCUUGUAUACCUGGACGAUUAUGUAGACACGAUCGAGUCUCUCCCUUCGGAGCUUCAGCGCAACUUUUCUCUUAUGCGGGAACUUGAUGCUCGUUGCGAAGAGGCGAUGAAUGUCGUUGCUAAACAGGCUGCUUUUCUACUGGAAAAUGCCGAACAUAUAGCGCCUGAGGAACGUAUAGCCGAAUUAAAGAAAUUAUCAGAUUGUUUAACGGAAAGUCUAAAGGAUGCCGAAGAAAAGUGUGCCAUGGCGCAGGCUACAUAUAAGACGGUUGAUCGUCACGUAAGAAGACUAGACGAUGACUUGCAAAGAUUCGAAGACGAACAGAUGACAGGACCGGGUAGAAUAGUUCCAACGGCGCAACCUAUUACUUCAACGACUGAAACACCACGAAAAAAUGGUCAGAAAGAAAAAGACAAGAAAGAAUCACGCGAUAAACGAACUCACCAGACAGCACAAGAGCAGCCGAAUAAUAAGAGGCGUAAACAUAAAGAUAAUGGUACUCCACCACCGAGCAAUGGUCGUAACGGUCAUGAUAAAGAUCGCAACGAUAAACCAAAGAAGGCACGAAAAGAUAGUAACAAGGGACAAAGAAAGACAAAAGACAAACAGAAUAACGUCCAAACUACAGAUAUGCCUAUAGAUCCCAAUGAGCCGACGUAUUGCUAUUGUCAACAAGUGAGCUAUGGCGAAAUGGUAGCCUGCGACGAUGACGAGUGUGAAAUCGAGUGGUUCCAUUAUGCCUGUGUAGAUCUUAAAGCUCCGCCACCUGGGAAGUGGUAUUGUAAAGAGUGUACAGAAAAACAGAAAAAUAAACAAAAGAAAUGA